UGUGUGUGUGUGUGUGUGUGUGUGUGUGUGUGUGUGUGUGUGUGUAAACACAGAGUGUUCGAAGUUUUUAACUAAAGUUUCCAAAACCCAGAAAUCACAGCAGCUUCCGGGAUGAACGCGCUGAUGAGGAGGUGUUUCCGGCGGGGGGUAGGCGCGUGGAGAGGUUUCCACACGGGAGGGCCACUGAUGACUUUUGACGUGAGGAAGGUGGAGCUGACCCCUCUGGAGCAGCGGAAACUCACCUUCGACUCCCACGCCAUGGUGAGGGAGCUGGAGGGCAGCGGUUUUGAGAAGCAGCAGGCGGAGCUGAUCGUCUCAGCUCUGGUCACUCUGACCACAGCCAACAUGGACAUCGUUUACAAAGACAUGGUGACCAAAUCCCAUCAGGAGAUCGCGCUGCAGCAGAUCAUGGCUCACCUGGACUCCAUCAGGAAGGACAUGGUGAUCCUGGAGAAGAGCGAGUUCGCCAACCUGCGAUCUGAGAACACAAAAAUGAAGCGAGAGCUGGAGCAGCUCCAGAAUAGGCUGAAGGAGGAGAGUGAGAAGCUCCAGGCAGAAACCAAACUGGACAUCAACCUGGAGAGGAGCAGGAUCUCUGACAUGUUCACUGAGCAGGAGAAGAAGCUGAUGGAGGCCACAUCAGACUUUCAUCACAAGAGAGCUGACCUGGAAAACGACAACAUGGAGAUCAACAAGAAGCUGGACCUGCAGGUUGCCUCGCUGAAAACGCUGCUGGAGUCCCUCAAACUGGAGACGAUCCGCUACCUGGCAGCCACCAUCUUCUCCUGCCUCGCCGUCGCUCUGGGAGUCUACCGCCUGUGGAGGUGAAGGAGCCGCGUCACACCUCGAACUCGUCUUCAUACGCGGCACAGCGUAGUUCCAGGAGAAUACAACUGAUCUCUGCGAGUACAACAGAGUAAAAAUACUCUGUUACAGUCCAGAGACAGAAUCAAGACUGUGUACUCAGAGUAUCCAAAAGUACUCAGUAUACUCUUAAAAACACUUUAUUAUACUUCAUGCUUUGUCUUUAUACUUCAGAAAAGGACCAGCACAGAGUAAAAGUACUCUUAAAGCACAGGAGUAUUACCAGCUUCGUGCUGUUAAAACAUCAGCUGAUAGUUAUCAGCUGGAUGGAUGUUUUAAUAAAGUUUUAUUUUUGAAAUGUGGUAUUUUUGGAGCUGAAGAACCAAAGUGAUCUGUAAAACCAGCUGAGUGAGUGUGUGGUUAUCUGAUCAGAGGUCUGACAAUAA